UUUAGGUCAUAGUAUGGCUAGUUGACUCAUUCUUCUACACGCAACUAGGUUGAUUCUUCAAAUUAUGAAUGCCUCUUGAUUCUUCCUCUUCAAACUAAGUCAACGAUCCAAGAGAUUAGAGCAAAUUAAUUUUAUAUAAUUGUCAUUCCCUCUUCAUUCUUCUUACAAAUUUUCGAUUAAACUUCUUAUCUAAAAAAGCAGUAGAGAUGAGCACCACUACUUCAUUUGACGACGGUAGUAGCAGUUUCAAUAACGCAGCUAGUUCCAUCAGCACAGCAGCAAUUGUUUCGAUCGUUGUGAGUGUCAUUGCUACAAUAGCAAUAGUUAUUGCAAUAAUCUACUGCUUAAAAAGGACAGGGGAUGCAAUACCAGGAUAUGCACAAGCUCAUAUAACCCUUGGAGGUAAUAACUCUAGUGAUCAACAAAAAUACACUGUAAAUCAUAUGCAAUCUCAUGAUAUGAUAAAUAACCCAAACAUGCCCAAGGCUACCAUGGAGCGAUUUCUUAGUGACAUUGCGCGAGAGAAGCCUACACGGUUCUCACCGAAUGAGUUAGCUCAAUCUACUAACAACUUUUCCAAGGUGUUAGGAUCUGGUGGAUUUGGUGUGGUGUACAAAGGAGAGUUUCCAAAUGGAAUUCAUGUUGCGGUGAAAGUCCUAAAAGGGGAUAUUAGUAAAAGGGUUGAAGAACAGUUCAUGGCGGAAGUUAGCACAAUGUGUAAAACAUAUCAUAUUAAUCUGGUGAGGCUUUAUGGUUUUUGUUUCGAUCCAGCAAUGCGAGCUUUGGUUUAUGAAUACAUGGAGAAAGGAUCUCUUGAUCAAUUAUUAUUCGGCCAACAAAACAAUCCCUCAAUCACAUUUGAAAAGCUACAUGAAAUUGCAAUUGGGACUGCAAGAGGCAUAGCAUAUUUGCAUGAAGAGUGUGAACAAAGGAUCAUUCAUUAUGACAUUAAGCCCGGAAAUGUGCUAUUAGAUGCAAGAUUAAAUCCAAAGGUAGCAGAUUUUGGGCUAGCAAAGCUAUGUCAUCGAGAUAGUACACACAUUGUUAUGUCAGGAUGUCGAGGAACACCAGGGUACGCGGCUCCAGAGCUAUGGUCCCCAUACCCGGUAACUCACAAGUGUGAUGUUUACAGCUUUGGAAUGCUUUUAUUCGAGGUUGUAGGGAGAAGACGAAACCAUGACAUUAAUCUUAGUGGCAAAAGCCAAGAGUGGCUUCCAAGGUGGGCAUAUGAGAGGUUCGAAAAAAGAGAGUUGGGGGAGAUGCUGUCGCUUGUUGGUGUUCAUGAGGAAGAUAAGAAAAAAGCAGACAUAAUGGUGAAGGUGGCUCUUUGGUGUGUUCAAUACUUGCCUAAUUCAAGACCUACAAUGAGUUCUGUCGUAAAGAUGUUGGAAGGAGGGGUGGAGAUUGAUUCACCACCUAAUCCAUUUGGUCAUUUGGAGGAUAAUUUGGUUUUAAGUACAGAUUCAUCAAUUAUGAACUCAAAAUCAACAAAUGGAAGUCACUCCUCAAUGGUUCAAUCUCAUAAUGACAAAUAUGAUAUUCAAAUAGUGAAUACUAUUUGAUGAGUAUCUCUCAAGAGAGUGUCAGAUGUUAGGUUAGGACGGUUAUUCUUUACUUGUAUAUAAUAUAGGAGACCUCCAUGUGUAUUGAUAUGAACGAUAUUAGCCCCAUAAGUCUUGGUAUUAUUCGAAUAUUUUUUAUUGA